AUGCUCCUCAUCCCACUGCCAGCCUGGCUGGCCCUGGGCAUCCUGCAGCUGCCUCUUGGCAGCGCCCAGGAGUGCCUGAGCCGGCAGCAGGCGCUCAGCGCGGUGCGGCAGAUGCAGAAGCUGCUGGCGGCGCAGGAGGCUGCUCACCUUCAGGGUACACGUGGGCUCCGGAACCAGCUUUCCAUCCUCCAGAGCCACCUCCAGAGACAGCCCACCAAACGCAAUGACACCUGUCCGCAGCUGGCGGUGCCCCUGAACGGGCGGAUGCUGGGCCGGAGUGUGCGGGUGGGACACGACGUUCACUUCGUCUGCGACAGUGGCUUCCAGCUGGUGGGCUCGGAGACGCGCAGCUGCCGGCACAACCGCACGUGGAGCGGCACCCAGCCCUUCUGCAGAAGUAUGGAUGACUGCUCCAGCAACCCGUGUGCCAACAGCGGGACCUGCGUGGAUGGUGACCAGAGCUACACGUGCCUCUGCCCCCCAGGCUGGUCAGGCCCCAGCUGCCAGAGCCCCAUCUACUCCUACUGGGUGACACUGAGCAACGCCUCCUUCAGCCGCCAGCCCCGCUGUGCCGAGGGCCGCUCAGGCUCCCGGCGCUGCAGCUGCGACACCGGCUUCCAGCUGAGAGCCGGUGGUGUGUGCCAAGACGUGGAUGAGUGCCUGCUCUACCAGUCCAGCCCCCAGACCCGGAUUUGCCUCCACGACUGCCUCAACCUCCCUGGCUCCUACCGCUGCCUCUGUCCCCCCGGCUACCUGCUCCAUGCCGACCGCAACGCCUGCGAGGAUGUGAAUGAGUGCGUCGGGAAGCAGCACAACUGCACCCAGGGCGACCUCUGCAUCAACACCUUCGGGGGCCACCGCUGCGUGCGCCCCAAGUGCCCCCCACCACGCCACAACACCAGCUAUGUGAAGACCUCUGCCUUCCAGUGCGAGAGGAACCCCUGCCCCAUGGAGAGCCGGGCCUGCCUCCUGGCUGCCACCUCCAUCUCCUUCCACUACCUGCCGCUCCAGGCCAACCGCACUGUGCCCCGUGUCCUCUUCAAGAUGUCCACCACCCGCUUCGUGGGCGACAGCCUGCGCUUCGCCAUCACGGGCGGACGGGGCCAGGGCGUCUUCUCCGUGCGGCGCUCCGACCGGCAGACGGGAGAGCUGCUGCUCACCAGCCCCGUGGCGGGGCCAGCCACGCUGGAGGUGGAGCUGGAGAUGAGCGAGUUCUCCCGCAAAGUCCUCCUGGGCAAGCACAUCUUCAAGGUCACGGUCUUUGUGUCCCCGUAUGUGUUUUGA